UCCGCACCACGAUAUUCUCCAGAAAGCACACCAUCACUUCCUCCAUGAUCUGAUACUUGCCAGCUGCAUUUACGGAGCCAGAUCGAGUACUGUUUUGCGGCAAUAAUGAUGGCCAGCGUCACAAUCACGCCAAUCGCGUCUAGUGAUGACCUGGCAGCAGCAACCGUGCUCUUCAGAAAAUAUGCCGAAUCCUUGGGCAUCGACCUGCAUUUCCAAGACUUCGGCACUGAAUUGAGAUCUAUGCCGGGAAAAUAUGCGCCGCCUGACGGAGCUCUGUUCCUGGCGCGCAACCAAGAGGGCGAAGCCAUCGGCUGCGUCGGUCUACGCCCUCUGUCCAGUACUGAUGGCCUCUCGGAGAUGAAGCGGCUUUACGUCGAACCACAAGGACGCGGUCUGGGUGUUGGCAAAUUGCUAGCUGAGAGUGUUAUCAAAGAAGCUACCAGGCUGAGGUACAGUGCCAUUGUGCUUGAUACACUGGAGUCCAUGGUAUCUGCGAGAGCACUGUACCAGUCUCUAGGGUUUGUCGAAACAGAAGCGUAUUAUGACACACCAUUGAAAAAAGAUACACGUUUCCUGAAAUUGGUGCUUCGCUGAAGAGCUCUUUACGCCGACGCUCGGUAUCUGCUUUUGCGACAUCGGUACAGCUCCAAAAAUGCGGAGCAAUUGGACUGUGAAUGUGGUGGUCUGACCUUCGCUCUCGCUCUCUUCCAUCAAGCCACAUCACGUCCUCACAUUGUUCUCGGAAGCACAAACAUCAAGAGAUACCAGCAAGCAACCAUGCAAGUCGCACGCGCAGGACGCAAAGAGGAUACGUCCUCUCGCAAACCCACCGAGACCUUCACUGGAGACGUGCUCAUGGAUCCGAUUUUCAGCGCAUCGGAUUGUCUGGCCAACAACGUCUGCUUCUCACCAGGCGCUCGAACUUUCUGGCACACGCACGAAAGAGGCCAGGUGCUCACCGUCACGAUGGGUACCGGGCUCAUCUGCUCCAAGGGCCAAGCACCCCGGAAGUUGCAAGU